AUGCAGGCCUGCCGCUCGCUGCGGCUGGCGGCACAGGCGGUGCUCAUCGCCUCGCUCGUGCUCUUUGCCACCCUGGCUUCGGCCCACUCGCAGCGCCCUCGACCCCUCCAACGCAUCUCGCAUGCGACCGAUGUGAGGCUCGAGAUCAUCGAACGCCAGGAGAACCUGGCGUCCCGCCUCACCGAUCACGCGAGGCGAGGCUCGGCCUCGAACAACGCACCCAAGAGGCGCUCGCCCGCCACCGUGGUGCCCACCGACUCGCUGCGCCUUAGCCUCCGCGCCUUUUCGCAGCAGUUCUACAUCCACCUCCAGCCCAACGACGACUUGCUGCACCCGGAUGGCGCCCUCGUCCACUACUACGAAUACAACGAGACGUCCGGGCGCAGCUACGUCCGCAAGACUGAGCGGCUGCACAACCACGACGUCCGCGCCUACCAUGGCGUCGUCGUCCACGCCAGCCACACGGACCGCAGGUUCGAAGAGGACCGCGCCGGCGUCCGACGCGACAUCUACGGCGACAGGGACCUGGGCGUCGUCGGGCGAGCCUCGAUCCUGGUCCACGACGAUGGGUCCGAGUCGGGCACGCCCAAGGUCGAGGGCUCGUUCGACUGGAUGGGCAACCAGCACACGAUCGCGACCAGCCGCAACUACCACCGCAAGCGCAGCGACGGCGACCCGGCGCUCGAGCGCAGGCAUCUCGAGGCAGACUCGCUCAUCCUCCACCGCGACUCGGACAUCAUGACCGAGCGGGACGCACUCGAGGCCGGCAUCGAGUCGGUCGAGGUCGCCUCCAGGCAGGGCUGCUCGAGCGACGGCCUGAGCUACAACAACCAAAGCCACCUCAUCCUCAGCGACGCCUUCAACGACGAGAUGAGCCGCUCGGCCUUUUCGUUCUUCGCCAAGCCCUCGCCUGCCAAGUUCGCGCGCCGCGAUCUUUUUGGCGGCGUCGCCGGAUGGUUUGGCAGGUCGGACGUCGAAGCUAGGACGCAGGACGAGCUGGUGGGCCGCUCCGAGGACGCGGAGCGCCGCUACGUGUACGACUUCGACUACCUGACGCCCGACGGCGCGACGUUCGGCAGAAGGCAGGCCACCGGCAACGACAUUGGCAACGGCGGCAACGCCACCAACUCGUACGAGGACUCGAUCGGGUCCACGGCCGGAUGCCCCAGCAGCCCCAGGGUGGUCUACGUCGGCGUCGCCUCGGACUGCACCUACACGCAGAGGCUCGAGGGCGAGGAAGGUGCGCGGACCGAGAUCCUCAACAACAUGAACUCGGCGUCGAAUCUCUACCGCUCCACGUUCAACGUUUCGCUCGGCGUCGUGCAGCUCGACGUGCGCAGCGGGGCGUGCCCGUCCUCGACGCCGUCCGACGCGCCGUGGAACGUCGCCUGCUCGGCGAGCAACAACAUCGACGACCGGCUGAGCGCCUUUUCCCAGUGGCGCGGCCAGCAGCCGGCCAACGGCGUCGGUCUCUGGCACCUGAUGACCACCUGCAACUCGGGCAGCGAGAUUGGCGUGGCGUGGCUCGGCACCCUUUGCAUGACCGACACCUCUGGCAGCAGCGGCCAGUACGUCAGCGGCACCGGCGUCAGUUCCAUCACGCCGCAGCAGUGGCAGGUGAUGGCCCACGAGAUGGGCCACAACUUUGGCGCCAUCCACGACUGCACGCAGGGAUGCAGCCUGACGGACGGCUACGCGGUGGCCAACGGCGGCGCCACCUGCUGCCCGCUCUCGACCACCACCUGCGACGCCGGCGCCGACCACAUCAUGAACCCGUCGUCGCAGAACAACAUCCAGAGCUUCAGCCAGUGCUCGAUCGGCAACAUCUGCUCGAUGCUCGGCCGCGGCCUGGACACGUCGUGCGUCGAGACGCCCGGCCGGCGCACGACGCUCAGCACGCAGCAGUGCGGCAACGGCAUCCUGGAGCCCGGCGAGGAGUGCGAUGCCGGGCCCAACGGGUCGAGAUGCUGCACGUCACAGUGCAAGCUGACGUCGGGCUCCCAGUGCGACCCGGAGACGAGCCCGUGCUGCACGUCGCAGUGCAACUAUGCGCCUGCCACCCAGGUCUGCCGUCCCGCCCUCGACUCUCGCUGCGACACUGCCGAGACGUGCAACGGCACCUCGGCCGAAUGCCCCGCCGACGAGAAGAAGUCGGACGGCUCCUCGUGCGGCGACGGCUUGUCGUGCGCCAACGGCCUCUGCACCUCGCGCGACCUGCAGUGCCGGCAGGCGUCCACCGGCUCGAUGAGCUUUUCGCGCGCCUGCAGCGCCUCGAACGCCAACGGCUGCUCGCUGACGUGCCAAGAUCCGUCGACGGCCAAUCGCUGCCUGAUCCUCCAGCAGACGUUUGUCGAUGGCACCAGCUGUGGCAACGGCGGCCGCUGCGAGGACGGCCAGUGCAAGUCCGGAUCGUGGCAGGACACGUUCCGCGGAUGGUACACCAACAACCUGCGCAUCUCGAUCCCCGUCACGAUUGUCAUCGCCAUUAUUGUCCUGGCGAUCCUCGGCGCGCUCCUGCGAUGCUGCUGCACCGGCUUCUCGCGCGGCGGCAAGGGCUACAAGAAGGCCAACCGCACCAACGCGCCCGUCUCCGCCGGCCCUCCCCCCGGCGCGGCCCCCUACUACAACAACGUGGGCCGCGACGCCAACGGCACCGAUCCCAGCGUCCACACCAGCGUCAACAGCAGCAACGCGCCGCAGCCGCCCGCAAGGUACAGCUCCACGGCUCCGGGCCACGGGGCCCGACGCUCCUCGCGACCGCCGUCGCACUCGCACUCGCACUGGGUGGACCCCUCGGCCUACAACGGUGCACACCCUCCCUCGGCCUUCCCCUACAACGGUGGUGGCGGUAUGCCGCAACCGCAGGCGUCUUUUGCGCCGCCCGCCGGACCGCCGCCGUCGGCCAACUACUACGAGAGCUACGGCGGCGGCGGCGGCGGCGGCGGCGGCCGUUGA